AUGAGGCGUGAAGCGCGGCGGAUGCCCAGCGCGCAGAGUCUGGGUUCUGGACGACAAUGAACGGCGUUUGGGGCGGACAGCGGCUGUACAACUGCACUCAUGCUGACUGUGGAGCGACUUUCUCCAGGGAGUGGAAGCUGAAAGAACACGAGACUGUGCACACCGGAGCGCACCCGUGUCCGUGCCCGGUCGCUGGAUGCGGGCGUCGCUUCAAGAGGAGAUCCCACCUGAGACGGCACUUGCUUAAGCACACAGGAGUGAAGCCGCUGCAAUGCACAAUUGCAGGUUGUGCAAAGGCUUUCUUCUUCGCGAACAAGCUGAAAGGGCAUCUGCGCGUCGCUCAUGGAGAAAAGACCAGCUCUUAUAAGUGCAGCCAACCGAAUUGCACCCUGAGCUUCAAGAAGCGCAGACUGUUGAAGCUGCACUUACAGGAGCAUAAUGUGCCAGCAAAUUUCAAAUGUUCUAAAGACGGAUGUGCUGAAACAUUCGACUCUCACGUUGCCCGCAAAGCUCAUGAGAAGAAGCAUGCAGGUUAUCCCUGCCCUCAUAAUGGCUGCCAGGUGCAUGAACAAACUUGGGGGAAACUUCAGAAACACUUGGCCAAACACCCGGCUACUCACACCUGCUCGGUCUGCAAGAAGGUGUUUAAGAAAGCCAGGGCUCUGCAGAGGCACAAACGGACCCACGCUUCCCACAAGCCUGUGCUCCUGUGUCCCAGAGAUAACUGCCAGGCCUACUUCUCCACCACCUUUAACAUGGAGCACCACAUUCGCAAGGUGCAUCUAAAGCUGCUGAAGUACAAGUGUUUCUUCCCUGACUGCCCCCGGAUGUUUGCAAUGAGAGAGAGUAUGCAAAGGCACCUUGUUCACCACGACCCCACUGCUGCCACUUUGAUGAAACGAAGGAGAUCAAAGAAAACCUGGCAGAAGCGCUUGGAUGGAAACAAUCGGCCGCUCAUCGAGGAGAACCUGGGUCGCCUCUUUGCUCUCCGCAUGCGGAUCUCCAGACGUGCCAAAGUGGAAACCAACCUUUCUGGCCUGUUCAACGAACGCAAGAUCCCGCACUACGUAGACCCAGAAGUCAACCUACGCGGCUUGUUUGGGCUCAAGCAGCCCCGGCUUUUUGAGCUGCCAGAGGCUGCGCCGGUGGAAAGUUAAAUUGAAAUGCACACAAAAGGCUACUUUAGUUCUGCAAGAUUUAAGAAUUGGGCUCCUUUAUUUAAAUGUUGUAUAAAUCUAAUUUUAUUUACAAAAGAACAUGGGGAAACUGUAAUUUCCUUCUGUAGACCUUGGUUUAUUGCAUUUGAACUAAUAAAUAAGUUUGUUUAGCCCAAAGGUAUUAAA